AUGCUACUUCUGGCCGUCGGAAGCCCCUUGGCGACUCGGUUGCGGCUCCGGGGGAAGCAGGCGGCUCUGUGGGCGUCGGCUGCAUUCCGAGACCCCAAGGCUGCUGCCUCCUGGGCGGCCACUUGGAGGAGUUCCUCGGGCCUGGUCAGCGGUGGGACCCCGGUGCUGCGGGGAACCGGCCCACCUCCCCAGGGUCUGGGGCGAACGCAGGUCUCUGUUUGCUGCAAGGGAUGUGUUCGAUGCUUACAUAAACAACCUGAAAAAUCAGAAGAUGGAAGGCUGAUCUACACUGGAAAUCUGGCCCGGGCAGUAUUUGGUGUGAAGUGUUUCUCUUAUUCUACAAGUGUAAUCAGCCUUGCUUUUCUGCCAUAUAUUUUUGCACAAAGUAAUAUCAUACUUGGAAGUCUGCCUUUGCAAAUCUUAUUUUAUGGCGUCAUAGGAAGCUUUACGUUGGUCACUCCACUGCUCCUUCACUUUAUUACAAAAGGCUAUGUAAUUCGGCUGUACCAUGAGGCAAUGACAGACACUUAUAAAGCCAUUACUUACAAUAUUUUACUAUCAGAAACAAGUACAGUAUUUCACCAGAAUGAUGUGAAGAUUCCAAAGAGCCCCCAUGUCUUCACCACAUUUUAUGCUAAAACAAAAUCAUUGUUAGUUAAUCCAGGGCUCUUUCCAAACCCCAAAGACUUUAACCAUCUGAUGGGCUAUGACAAACCGUUCACUUUUGAUAUGGAAGAAGCUACUGAGAAGACACAAUUUAAAAAUGAGAAAUGA